ACUCUGCCUCUCCCCCCGCGUCUUUACAUGUGCGCCGGAUUCACGGCUCUCCUGAGCGGACACUGCAGGGGAAGCAAAGGGACGAAUUCAACAUGGAAUAUAAAUCUUAACUGGGGGAAAAAUAAAAUAAAGCGAGGAUAAGAAAAAAAAAAAAGAAGAGAAUCCUUCUCGUCCUCUGACGCGUUUUUAUCUCUUGCGCAUCUUUUCCCUCUUUCUAAAUGUCUUUGAACAGUUUCUGAAGGGAUUCGAGGAAAGGAGCAAACAUGAGGAUUAUUCUUUUUUCUUGGCAAUUUCUUGGGGUGUAUUCCGCCCUUUAUUGGGGACUGGCGACAGGGGCUUUCCCCAGCUCAGUGCAGAUAGGUGGACUGUUCAUUAGGAAUACAGAUCAGGAAUACACAGCAUUCCGACUAGCUAUCUUCCUUCACAACACCAGCCCUAACGCUACGGAAGCUCCCUUUAACCUGGUCCCACACGUUGACAAUAUAGAGACAGCCAACAGCUUUGCAGUGACCAAUGCAUUUUGUUCACAGUAUUCGAGGGGGGUCUUUGCCAUCUUUGGCCUUUACGACAAGCGGUCGGUGAACACGUUGACGUCGUUUUGUGGAGCCCUGCACAUCAGCCUGGUGACGCCCAGCUUUCCCACCGAGGGCGAGGGACAGUUCACGCUGCAGCUGAGGCCGUCCAUCAGAGGAGCUCUGCUGUCCCUGCUCGACCACUAUGACUGGAACCGAUUCGUCUUCUUAUACGACACAGACAGAGGUUAUGCAAUACUGCAGGCAAUUAUGGAGAAAGCGGGGCAGAAUGCAUGGCAGGUGAGCGCAAUCUGCGUAGAGAGUUUCAACGACGCAUCGUACCGCAGGAUCCUGGAAGACCUGGACCGACGGCAGGAGAGGAAAUAUGUGAUCGACCUUGAGCCUGAGAGACUCCAGACCAUUCUAGAACAGGCUGUCAGUGUGGGGAAGCAUGUUAAAGGUUACCAUUACAUCAUAGCAAACCUGGGAUUUAAGGACAUCUCCCUGGAAAGAUUUAUGCAUGGUGGCGCCAACGUGACUGGUUUCCAGUUGGUGGACUUCAGCAAAGAUAUUGUCAUAAAGCUCAUGCAGAGGUGGAACAAACUGGACCAGCGAGAAUAUCCUGGGUCUGAAAGUCCACCUAAGUAUACCUCAUCUCUAACGUAUGAUGGUGUUCUUGUAAUGGCCGAGGCCUUCCGCACCCUACGCCGACAGAAAAUUGACAUCAGCCGCCGUGGCAAUGCUGGGGACUGCCUUGCUAAUCCGGCGGCUCCCUGGAACCAAGGGAUAGAUAUGGAGCGAGCACUAAAACAGGUGCGCAUUCAGGGUCUUACUGGAAAUAUUCAGUUUGAUCACUACGGUCGGAGGAUCAAUUACACUAUGGCCGUAUUUGAACUGAAAAGCAAUGGACCGCUAAAGAUUGGCUACUGGAACGACAUCGACAAGCUUGUGUUGGAACAGGAUGGAAAUGGUCUUUCCAGUGAAGGCUCACUGACGGAGAAUAGGACGGUUGUUGUGACAACAAUCAUGGAGGGUCCGUAUGUGAUGCAGAAGAAGAACUGGGAGCUUUACGAAGGCAACGACCAAUAUGAAGGAUAUUGUGUAGACCUGGCUUCAGAGAUUGCCAAGCACAUCGGAAUCAAGUACAAGAUCUCUAUUGUUCCUGAUGGAAAAUAUGGAGCCAGAGACCCAGAGACUAAAAUAUGGAAUGGCAUGGUGGGAGAGCUUGUGUAUGGGAAAGCAGAAAUUGCUGUGGCCCCACUGACCAUAACAUUGGUGCGUGAAGAAGUGAUUGAUUUCUCUAAACCCUUCAUGUCUCUUGGAAUUUCCAUCAUGAUCAAAAAGCCUCAGAAGUCUAAACCAGGUGUCUUCUCCUUCCUGGACCCACUGGCCUAUGAGAUAUGGAUGUGCAUAGUGUUUGCUUAUAUUGGAGUCAGCGUUGUCUUGUUUUUGGUAAGCCGCUUCAGUCCGUACGAAUGGCACGCAGAGGAACCAGAGGAGGGUGCCACUGAGCAGGGCCCCACUGACCAGCCUCCAAAUGAGUUUGGCAUCUUUAACUCUCUGUGGUUUUCUUUGGGAGCCUUCAUGCAACAAGGCUGUGACAUCUCGCCCAGGUCUCUGUCUGGACGUAUUGUCGGAGGUGUGUGGUGGUUCUUCACUCUGAUCAUCAUCUCCUCUUACACAGCCAACCUGGCUGCUUUCCUCACUGUGGAGCGGAUGGUCUCACCUAUCGAAAGUGCAGAGGACUUGGCUAAACAGACAGAGAUAGCCUACGGAACACUGGAUUCAGGCUCCACGAAGGAGUUCUUCAGGAGGUCCAAGAUAGCCGUUUAUGAGAAGAUGUGGUCUUACAUGAAGUCCGCUGAGCCAUCCGUGUUCACCAGAACCACAGCAGAGGGUGUGGCAAGAGUGCGCAAGUCCAAGGGGAAGUACGCCUUCCUCUUGGAGUCCACCAUGAACGAAUACACGGAGCAGCGGAAGCCUUGUGACACUAUGAAAGUGGGAGGAAAUCUGGACUCCAAAGGAUACGGCAUUGCCACACCGAAAGGCUCACUGUUAAGAACCCCGGUAAACCUUGCAGUUUUGAAACUGAGCGAAGCAGGCGUCUUAGACAAACUGAAAAACAAAUGGUGGUAUGACAAGGGAGAGUGUGGACCCAAGGACUCUGGAAGUAAGGACAAGUCGUCUCAGGCUCUAAGCCUGUCCAACGUGGCUGGAGUCUUCUAUAUCCUCGUGGGUGGCCUGGGUCUGGCUAUGCUGGUGGCCCUGGUCGAGUUCUGCUACAAGUCACGGGCCGAAGCCAAGCGCAUGAAGCUCUCUUUCUCUGAAGCCAUGCGGAAUAAGGCCCGACUGUCCAUUACGGGAAGCGUGGGGGAGAAUGGCCGCGUCCUGACUCCAGACUGCCCCAAAGCCGUGCAUGCUGGUCACGCCUCCCUCCGACACCCCGGCCUUGCAGUGGUCUCCUCCGGACUGCCCUGAAAACCAAAAACACCUGCCGUGCCUUAAACACACACAAACAUGAGGACUUUGAAAUCAACACACACACACAAACACACAAAUGCUUGCAGCAUAUCAUAUUCUCACACACACACACACUCAUUAUAGCGACAGAAAACUGAACAAAAAUACUCAGAAACAGACAUUUUUAAACACUUGAAGACACAAGAACGAACUCUGCGAAACCAUUUCACCUUCCUGCUGCCACUGGCUCAAUUUACAAAAGACAAAUGAACUAAAACUGUGAAGUGAGAGGUCCAAAAAAAGAAAGAAAACAACCAAGACUUCACGGUUACCUACAGCAUUAAGAUGUUUUUUUCUUCUUGUUGUUUUUGUUUUCAGUUUUUGGAAAGGACGAUAUUGUGAUCAUUUCAAGCCAACGUGAAAGCCAGCACAGAUUACAAAAACCACAAAUCCAAUCAGAUCAUGAUGAUGGUGGCAAUAAAGAUGAUUGAAUCUUUCGAAGACACGUAAAACACGCCCGUUCCUACUCUCUUUGGAUAUUAAUGGCUCUCAAGCCACACCCUCUGGAAAAAGGCCUUAGUUAUUCCCUGCAAACAGUAUUUUCAUAAUCAUCAUCAUGGUCGUCAUCGUUACUUGCCUGCAAAGACUGCGUGCCAGAUAUUACAACUAUUAGGAGACCAGAAAACUGUAAGCUUGAACGGUCAGACUGUGCAAACCUGCUCCUUUGCCACAGACUCUUCAUACGAAAUGAAAAAAAGCCUUUUUUAACGUACAUACAGAAUAAUCUUUUUGCUCUAAGUCAGCUGGGUGAUCAACCACUGCAGUACUGAAAUAACCUCGAAAUGUGUGGCUACUCUUUGCUAAGGAAUACACAGAAGUUUGUAAAAGAAAAAUAUAUUAAUUAAUAACAUUUUUUUUUUUUCCGUUAGCAGUAACAUUAUAUUAGUAAAACCACUAAGCAGACAGAUGAAUAUUCAUUUUUGUUCGGCAACAAUGGUGAAGUUUGAACUCAAGAGAUGAAAACAAACAUACGGGCAGAUCUUUAAUGGCUCAAAAUGCUUCUCAUCUUAACCACUGGGAAGUCAGAGAACUUUGCAAAAAGAAAUUGAUGAAGGCUGCGUGGAACAUCGGUUUAAACAGAAGUACAACGUAGAACUCAGAUGCUGCUAAAAAGGUGAGCUAAAGUGCCUUUCAGAAAUAUUCAUUCUCUUUGAACUUUUCCAUAUUUUAUUACAGUACAAUCUCAAAGUUCAAUGUAAUUUGUAGGAACUUUGCAGAUGACGGACUUACACAAGGUAAAGCAAAAUUAUGAGGUGAGAAGAAAAUGCAACUUCAUCUUAUAUCUUCUUUUGAUCAAAUAUAAAUCGGAAAAGUCCGGCAUGUAUUUGAACUCCCAUACCAGUGUUAAGACUUUCUUCCUGAAUUGCUCUGUAAUUACCUCUAUUUGUCUUCCCAUCGACUUUGACCAGCUGUCACCUCCUACUGGAAAAGCAUCCCGACAUUACCAUCUUGUUUCAGGAUAGUGUGCAACAUUAAAACGUCUAGAUUUUAAAUCUUUCUUCCACAUUUUCUGUGCUCCCUAUAUGGCUUGUGGCAAACUUUAAACAGGACUUCUUGUCUUACUUCCUUUCAAAAAUAUGUUUUUUCUUGCCCCUCUUCCAGUAAGGUUAGAACUGUGGAGAGUACGACUAACAGUUGUCUUGUGUGGACAAAGUCUCCCACCUGAGCUAUGAAACUGCAGCUCCUCCAUGGCUUUUUCUCCCGGCUUCUUCUCUGUUCUUUUCUUUCCAUACAUCCUAAUUAAAUCCUUUUUAAAUGUAACUGCUACCACUGGAUUGUAAUUAGGGGUACCAGAGUGAAAUGGAUCAAGACAAGUUAUUUCAUACUAGGCACUUUGAAUUGUCUUAUUGCUGAAAAUGUGUUAUACAAAAAAAAAGAUCUUACCUUACCUUACAAAUGCGCCUUACACUUUCCAGUGUUUUAUUUGUUGAAAAUCUGUCUUUUAACGUCAGCUUCAUGAUUACGUGUUACUUUGUGUUGGUCUGUCACGUAAAAGCCCAAAUAAACUGUCCCUUUUAAAACCGUUUCUUUGGGUUAAAAAGUGCCACAACGUGAAAAACUUCAAGGAGGAUGAAUCCUUUUCAAGGCACUGCUUUAGGCAUAUUGAAAUAUUUCUUCGUAGAUCUGCCCACAACGCAGUCACCACCAAUUGUUUCUGCUGGCCACAAUCAAGUUGAAAACCACCGGUCUUUUAAAGGCUUACAGGUACAUUUCACAAUUUAGCUGGAGCCCUAAUGGGCACUUUGGUUGUUGUUCUACGCCCUCUGAUUUUUCAGUGGCUGGUGCAGAGGUACCAGAAAGCUUGCUUAUUAAAACAGUUGUAAAUAACUGCGUAGCAAAUCAGAGCUCACCUGUCUUUUUUUUUAAAGCAUCUUAGAUAACAAAUCAUUGCAAUAAUGAAUAUAAAAAGAAAAAUGCCACAACUUGUAAUUAAGUAAAAACUCCUUUUUUAAAAUAAAUCUACUUACUUAUAUAUAAAUAUAUAUGAUGCAUAUAAAUAUAUCUAUAUGACAAUAGAGAGCUAUAGUAAACAUUGAUCACUGAUUGUCAGAGGCCAUGACACACAUUCUGUUACAUGGCUGUUUCUUUUGAUAACUUGAGAACAUCAUGACGCUAUAGUCAUCGUGUGUCCUGAUCCACACCGAAUGUCCAUCCGGUACUCACAUGGACACACACACACGCAUACACAAUGUGCACAUUUACAUUGUCGCAUUCACAGGGUCAGCUUAAAGUGAUCAGUCGAAAAGAAAUGUCAUUAUCAUCUUUUUUCUAUGUGAAAAAAAAAAAAAAGCUUUUAAACCUCAUAUUUAAAGUCUUUCUGUUCAUGAGCAGAAAUGAUUUGAGUCAUUAUAAUUUUGUGGGAGAGUGAGAGAAGUGGGUUUCCAGAGACCAUGGGUUUGGACUGUUAGGAGGACAGCGCAGUGCGACGUUUCAAGAGUGUAAUAUUUUCGGGGCAUUUCAAAUCAACUUUGGUCCAUUUUGUUGUCUCUUCUCACCAGGUGUGAGUCCCGCUGCAGAUCGAAAUCCAAUGUUAUUUCAAAUUAAACAGGGUUUUUUACAUCAA